GGAGCACGGAAAACCUCGACAUCUUGUCUAAGCUGAUAAUCGUUAAGAUCUCGUCACCGGGCUGUGAUUUGUUUGAGAGCCAUCUUGCAGUGGAGAAUUUGUGGCAAAACAACUUUGUAACAAAGCGAGCGUCAUAUUUGAAGUACCAUACGUUACACUGACAAGAGUCGCCUUUGAUCUAAGAGCUCGAUGGCCAACCGAAGUAUUAAUAUAACAGCAGUCAACAUCACCAAUUCUACUCAAAUGACGCACCCCCCGGACCUGACUGUAACACUUCUUUCAUCAACUUUUCUAAUUAUCAUAAUAAUUAUGGCUUUGGCAGGGAACUUUCUGGUACUGUACGCCUUUAAAGUCUUUAGGAAACUUCGUAAUGUCACCAAUUUCUUCAUCGUGUCUCUUGCUACGGCUGAUAUUCUCGUUGCACUGGGAUCCAUGCCUUUAUGGGCUGCGUAUAUCAUAGGGGGUCCACCUGUUAUUCAGCAUGUUUGGGUACAGCAGUUAUGGCAUUUUAUUGAUAUCCUUUGUGGAGCUGCAUCGAUAAUCAAUCUUUGUUUCAUUAGUCUUGAGAGAUGUAUUUGCAUUUCAGCUCCCUUAAAACACCGAGCUAUUGUUACAACAGGCAAGGCUAUUGUCUCUAUUGCCUGCAUUUGGAUCUUUGCCGCUAUUGUCGCCGGGAUAAAAAUCAUUUUUUGGGGUCAUCCACCGCCAAUGUAUGAACUGACCGUCACGAUCACGUGCUUUAUUGUUCCUCUCAUUGUCAUGGUAAUUUGUUAUGUUAAAAUGUAUCAAGCUGCAAGACAUCAGAUAAAAAAGAUGAUUUUCACUGUCGAGGGAAAACCUAAACGAUUUCUAUUAUCGAGGGAGCUGAAAGCAGCCAAAACAGUGGGCGUGGUCAUUGGUGCAUUCAUAGUUUGUUGGUGUCCCUUCUUUGUGUUAAACUUGGUUUAUGGGCUAUGUAUCGAAUGUCGACCACUCCCUAAUGAAUCGAUUCUUGUAGCAAAAUGGAUGCAUUAUGUAAACAGUGUCCUUAACCCCAUCAUAUAUGCCUGUAUGAACAAAGACUUCAGGGGAGCGUUUAAAAAGAUAGUAAUGUACGUGUGCGCAUGCGUCAUGUGUAAGGACUACCAGGACGUUCUUAUUGAACAGCGGUCAUUUUACAGUGAGAGGAAUUCAUUCAGGAAUAACUCAUGUCGAAGUGGAACACGUAUGGACGAGAGGGACAGCUCGUUACGGUCUCAAGCCGACUCGUUCGUGAUGCACUCCAACUACAGCACAAUGGAAAAGCCUUCACCUCGUCAUGUUUAGCUUUAAUGAUCUCGAAGAAUUACUUGUCGUGGUGAUUAUUCUCUCAUCGAUCAGUUACGCUUGACUCUGUCAUUUCCUACAUAGUAAUUGGAGUCAAUGACUCUACAUUGGGAACCUGUAUCUUGCUUACGUUGAAGAGGUUGUCCAUGGCGUAGAAUGCCUAUUAUUGUAACGAGAGAUAUGUCAGUCGUUUGCUUUUGCCUAUUCUUUCUAAAUGACUUAAAGAAURCCCUUGCAAUCCAUCUUGAAUAUUUCAAUUAUGUGAUCUUUAAGUGCAACAGGAACAAUAAUCGAGUGUUCAGGAUCUUUUUUSGCAUUGCAAAGCUGCUUGGCUUCAUUGCUAGGCUUGACAAAGCUGUGACAUCGACGGCGCUCAGUCUAAUGAAAAUUAUAGAGACAGCGCAUAUAUUAUUAAAAAAUGUGUUCCUAUAUUCACUCUUUGCAACUGACCUCACCUUUUUCCAGGCAAUGAAURUUAAUUAAUCCUUAAUAAUUUUAGUUUAUUUUAUGUAAUUAACAGUCAGAUGAAUUCWACUUUGACUUUGAAUGUGAAGCUGAUCACCAAGCAUUUACAUGCUUGCGCUUUGGAGUAUUUUCCAAUAUCAUUAYGGAUGAAUGAAAUGCGUCAUUGUUUGACAUCAUUACAGACUGAGCGGAAUAUGCACCACGUGA